ACCUUUAAUUUUGUAUGUCCUCAGCUGUCCUCACCUACCAUGAAUCCAGUUAGGCUUCUUGAUGCCAUCCAAUCCCAAACACUCUUAUAUGAAUAAAGUAGAGAUAUUAAGUGGAUGGUAUGUGGAAAGCAUUCACAAAGGUACAUUGCUCGCUUUGCACAGUUUAAAUUGUAAAUUCAUUUGGACCAAGAAUGACCUCCACUCUGUGCAUGCUAAGCAGUCUGUCAGGGGGAAUGGCAAAGGCAAACUGAUGAAUGAUUUAAUAAGAGUGAUCAGUUCACUGACUAAACUCUGCAGUCACAAGCCAUCCAACUUCUAUUUUCAGUUGGGACAGAUUUACUCCCAUUUUUAGUCCUUCUGGAAGUCAUAUAAUUGUAUUACAAGAAAUUGAAAGAGAAAGGGUUCCCCAUUAGAAUGAUCCAAGCAGCACAGCAGACUCCACUCCCCUUUGUUACCUAUUUUUUCCACAUGUAUAUUUGGGAAGAAGUAAGGAAAGAGUUCAUUUUUCAUAAACAUUUUGAAAUAUCAGGUACUUGGCUUUUAUGCAUUUCCAGCAGCAUAAUCCAUGGUUAAAGCUUUCAGUUGCUAGGGGGGAGGCACAGGAUCCUUUACUGGACAUUUAACUGGUGGAAUGGAAACAUCUCGACCUGUCCCCUGCCUCUUUUCUAGGGUAUGGGGCAAGUGGGGUGGGUAGGAGGGUGUUAUUAUAAGCUUGCCUGAUUAGGAGCAUCUUUGAGGCUGCUCUAAAUUUUUUCAGGGUAUGAACUGCCCCUUGGCUGCCUCCUGGUGUGGGGAGCAGAAAGGUAUCAGCCUAACUGGAGUCAGGUGGAAAGCAAAGGCUCUAUAUAAUAUACUGUAGUGCAGGCAAUAUCUGUACUGUUGGGGUAGUGCUGACCACAUAGUAAUUCAAAGUACAGGACAGCCAAGAAUUAAGCUGUUGCUUAAUGGAUGUGGGAUCCAUUCCUACUUUGUACUGAUGACGUUUUUGGGGGUUUUUUAGUGAGACACGUGCUCUGAAGCUCCUCUUGCAUUUGAGUUUGAUUGCAUGGAAGCUGUUUCAAAUGGCAUCGGAAAGACAAAGCAAGGAUAAGGAGGGCCAAUCUGAGGAUCUUCCAACUCCUUUCCAGGGCUGCAGAACAUUACAGUGGGGAGCUAUACUCUCUGCAGUGAAAGACCAAAUUCCAUCUCUGGACUCUGACACUUCAUUGUCUGACUGUGAGGAUGAUGGGGAGCUCUUCAUUUUCCAGCGAGAUGAACCCAAUCUGAUCCCUGACUUGUCAGAAGAACUUGAAGAUUUUUCUCGUGAACACCUGGACAUGCAGCAAAUCCUAGAAACUAGGAGACCCCCAGGAGAGAUGUGGAACAGAAGUGGAUUAGAUCUUCAGGAAGAAAUGGAUGACGCUCAAACUGUGGCAAGAGAACGCACACCAGUGUCUAGAAAUGAGUCAGAUGCAUUUACCAGCUUGACUGGAGAAACUGUAGGCAAAAGUGGAGCAUUCCUUCCAGAAUUACUUGUAGAUCCCACAGAUCAAGUUCAUAAAAUUAAAGAAUUAGGCAGUGAAAAAAAGGAGGAAACAGAGGGAUUCUGUAUGAAUAACAAACCAUCUAGGAGAAAGCCAUACUUUGAUGAAUCCAACAGCAAUGAGGAGGAGAGAAGAAAGAUGAUAGAAACAAAAAUACUCUCUAAAAUAACCUUGGAGCCAUCUCCUAGAAAUGUAGGUCACCCAGAGCUAAAAGUCAACUCAUCGUUGGAGACCAAUAGUGACAAUUUAGACAGAUUCCCUCAUGCAGGAAAUGAACAAAGAGCCUCUUCAGGUGAACACCCUCGAGGGCUAACACUCUUUUCUUUGCAGGGUAUCGAGAAGUGGGAUCUAGACAAGAUUCUCAAGAACAUGGAACAUCAGGAUGAUGGAACACACUUAGAAGAACCUGCUUUCCCUUCAGUGGAUCACAAGACUUGGAUUGCUAGAUCUGAAAGCAGGCUCAUGGCAAAGCUAGAAGAGUUGUGUGCAAAGCAGUCCAAGGCAUUGGCCCCACAGUACAGAAGGUCAUCAUCAGCCAAGAAAGAAGUUGCCUACCUACCACCUCCACCAAGCUGUCGAAGUAUGAAGAUAGUGGAACUACAGUACCAUGCAGAGCCCCAGACAGUAUAUAUAGAUUUAAGGGAUGCUAAACCACAGAAAUCAGAGUCGCCACCCAAUGAAAAGCUGAGCUCGAGUGAAAGUUCCACAGAUGAGGAAGGUAUGAUGACUGAGAAGCAUCACAACGCUAAGGAAAGAAUACCAGAUUUUUCCCUGGGAUUACGGGGUUGCACUGGGAAAAGUCGGCUAUUACAACAGCUUCGUCAUUACCGUAAAGAAGCAUCUCAGCCUCUUGCUAAAGCUUCAGAACAGGUCAAAAGAGAUGGAGUAAGGCAGAAGUUUGAGAGUCUAGAAGGAAAAAACACUUUGAAAAUCAAAAGAAAGCAAUGUCUAAAAGUGAGAUGGGAAGCAGACAAGGUGAUUUCCAGGGUGCCAGUGAGAUCUGAACCAGAGAAAGGAAAUCUUCUUUUUCCAGGCCAUGUGAACCUUGGGACUGACCAUUCAAGAGAAAUCCAGAAAGAGACAGAGGAAGCUUCACAUUCAGAAAAUGCUCCAGAGCCCCCUCUCAAUAAAGCAACAAGGGCAGAAGAAAGCCAGAGAGAGCUGUCCCAAAAAGAAAAGCAGAUGAAAGAGAAACAUAGGAGGCAGAAACUACAGGAGCAGUUGGAGAGAUUGCAGCCUCAGCACUCAGUUACUGGAAAGCAGCCCAUGGCAGAGAAAACACCUCUUUUGUUUCACGUGGAAGCUUCUUUUUUGCCAGAUAUUAACACAUUGCCUAGUCAUGACAGCAUGAAACAUGAGAUGCUUCUGAUGACAAUCUGGCUAUCCAGUUGUGGACAGGUAGCUGCUUUUGGUCAGCAUGAUGGACAUUUCCCAGAGACUGUAUUGACAGCAGCCAACAUCUAUCAAGCCCUUGUUACUUGGCUUCUCUCCUUGGUACCUUCCUUGAAAGUGAAUGGUGGGAUCAAAGCUCCAUUCCAGGUGGUGGGGCUGCAGCAGAUCUGGCAAGAGGAUGGAUUAGCACUAUAUGCUUGCCUAAUUCCAGCUGACAGAUCUCCAGCCCAGAACUGCAUCAAGAUCCAGAAGCACAAAGCAAAGGAAGACCUUGAAGGAACAUCCAUUUUUUACCAGCAGAUUUCCACUUUUCUAUCCCAUACAAGGCUUCCAAAUGUUAUCUGGUGGGAAGCAGAACUGACCAAUUGCCUCCAGAACCAGCUAUAUUCACUCUGUCCUGAAAUUCCUACUGUUGGACUCAGCUGUGUUUCUACCAUUAACCCUGACCCUAAGGCAGUGGAAAAAGCAUUUGCAGUGCCAGCUGGGUUUUAUUGGCAGACCAUAGAAACCGAUGAAAAAUACUUCCCUAGCAGCAGUGACAUUGGGACUAGCAGAGAUAUAGAUACAGAGGUUGCCUUGGUGUUGCUAUUUGAAAACCUACUCCAAAACCCUUUGGCCACCCAUCAUAUGCUACAGUUGAUUCUCAGUGCUGGUUUGGAUAUCUGCGGACUCCGCCUACUUUAUCCCCAGCACAACCUGCUGCUCUCUACCACAGAAGAGCUGCCUUCUGCUUAUUCUCCUGAGGCUGGCAAGGCACCACCAGUUCUGGCAUUAAGUUUGAGAGGGCCGAAAGCACGACACACCUUACAGGAUAUUGUAGGGCCUUCUGAUCCACAGCUAGCCCGUGUGACUGACUGCAGCUCCAUCAGUGCCCUCUAUUGUAGGAGCCGAGCUGAGCCUCUCGUCUACCUGCCCCGCACAGACAGCCGUGUGAACAGGGAGCUGUGCCUUUGGUUUGGAGGAAGAAUAUAUUCUGACACAGCACUUCAUUUUGGUGUCCAGAAUCCUGCCUGCAAAUAUAACAGAUCAAGGCCUCAGAGUCCUUCAUCAUGCAGAACAGAAGAAUGGGAUGAUCUGCAGGGCAAGGCACUGUCCAGUGCUCCAACAACACUUGUCUCGACCACCAAAGGACAUGUCAUUUUGGUGGUUUCACCUACUAUUCCUCCUCAUGCAUACGCUGAUGUGAUUUCAACUUGCACUCAGAGAGGGUUUAUUCUGCAGGGAAUCAGGCAGCUGCGGCUUUCGCUUAAACAAGCCACUGUGCUUCGCAUGACAACAAGUCAGAUGGCUGUAUUUUGCCCUAAAAAGACUUCAAGUCCACCUGAUAGGAGUUCCUCAAGAGAAGAAUUUCCAUCUGAACCACGUUUGCACUGUCUGAUUUUGCUGCUGAGAAAAGAGAAUGUUGGCUAUCAUGUUCCUGCAUUAAUAAAAGGACUCAUGAAUGAACUGGCAGAAAAAGGUCUCCUUGGAGAGGUGAGAAGCAACCUGCCUCCUGAUGCUAGACUGCCUGCAUUGUGUAUUCACGCGGCUCCCUACACUGACAGCUUAUUGCAGGCACUGGGAGGCAAUCUCAGUGCAGUGCCAGACCCAUGUAGCAUGCCUCUGAAUGUUUUAUGCAAUCAAACCUAUGCCUCUGAUCCUGAGAUGGAACAAGUUGUCAUCCUGACACUGAGUGGAAAUGAAGCCAUAAAGAAUGCUGGAGACCUUCUUCGCCAAAUCCUUUGCCCUUGCAACAAGAAGUCACGUGAAAAACCAGAUGGGCUGGAACCAGGAUUUGAGCUUCUGGGCCUCAAGUGGUUGCCCUGUCUCACUCGAAGUCAGGCCAAAGAAGUAACCCCUUUUGAGGUGGGAGAUACAUCCUGGCAAAGAAGCAUUGAUAAGCUGACAUCCAGCCCAGCCCUUGUAUGUGCAUUACGGAGACUCAAUGCCUUUGUGGUUCUUGCUGAGACACUGAAAAGACUAAUGCCACCUGGGGACAAGCUAAGUACCGACAUUCAUCACCUACAGAGAGUGAUGGCCUUGACCCCAGAAACGGCCUUCAGACAGGCAAUACUUUUCUUCUAUGAGAAAGAUUUUAUAGCUGAUUCCAGACAUUGCCCUGCUAUGAAGUACCUGCCACCACCUGACAGAGGUUUCAGGAUUGAAGGAGCCCAGCUUCUCUGCACAGUGUUGCUGAUCAAACCUGGUGCCUGGGCACGUAACCUUGCCAGGAUCUUUCGAAAGCUAGAUUUAGAAAAAUUCAGCUUCGUUGGGAUGAAGAAUGUGACCCUGAAACCAGACAUCAUCUUAGGACUUCUCUCACCUGAAGCUAAGCAGGAUCCAGCAAUCUUGGAAGCUUUUUGCAACUACCUCACAUCAGACUCCUCCCUUGUGUUAUGCCUUCAGAGACAGAAUGCUGUGAAGAAGCUACUUGAUUUAUUGGGGCCAGAGGAUCCUCACCUGGCCAGAGCACAAAAUCCAUUCCUUUGGAGGGCUCAGUAUGGCACCAGCUUAAUCCAAAAUGGAUUUUACGGGUCUGUAUCCUACCAAAUGGCUGUCCAGGAUAUGAAACUUUUUUUUCCAGAAGGCCUGUGUUGUGCUAAGUGCCAGGUAUUAGAAGAAGACGAGAUCUGGAACAUUAAAUGUGACCCAAUACUCGCUCUGGAAAUCAACAGGCAGCGCAAAAUUGUAAAAUGUGAAGUGAGAAGGCAACUCAAUUUAUUGGGCUCUGAGCAGCUGCCUGGGUUAGACCUGCCACUUCUGGGUACACUCUGCCAAACCACUUGCCUGAUAUUUCCCAAGAUAAUCCUUCAGGGUUCGGAGCACCCACCUUAUAUUGAACUACUAGACCAGCUGAUCGGCCAAGGUUUCACAGUGACAGGGUUACGACUCACCGUAUUCAACAAAUCCCAGGCUCAUCUUGUCUCUGAGAUACUGAGCAUGGCAAAAUGCAAGGUUUCAGCAAUGUGCUCUGUCUUAAUGGAUGGUCCCUGCCUAGUGUUAGCAGCACAACGUGACAAUGCUGUUAUUUGUUUUGACUCCCUGCUGGACAGUGUUUGCUGGCAGAACCAGGCUGUAGUGGAUUGUAUGCAGCAUCUUCUGUAUCCCCAAACUGAGAAGCAGGCUGAAAAGCUGCUAAGCUGCCUUUUUGACUCCUUGACAUCUGACAGCAUCCACCGGAUUGAGACCUAACUGGAAUUUAAUCUGUUUGAGCAGCAAACCUGCAGAGCCCAGGGUGGGUAGCAGUGAAGAAGUCUAGAUAUUUAGUGGGUAAAACAGUUUUGUCAUCUGUUUGUUAUUAAAAUGUUGAGUAUGAUAUUUGUAUCAUUACCAUCAAUGGAGGGGCGACCAGCACCCAAAAAUGAAUCAUUCUAGGUAGGGGUCAGGAUAUCAUGGGGCUAUGAUUUGAAAGGAAACCUGUUUGCCCUACAGAAAGAAGAUUCUUGACCAUUUUGCCAUUUGGAGAGAAUUUUGGGGGCAGAGUAAAUGGAGAGAUAUGGAGCCUCCUGCAGUGGUCAUCCUGUCUACUUAGUUAAAGCCACAUGAGCCAACUAUAUAGAUGUUUGAGGCUAUUUUCCAGCCACAAAAGAGUAGAUAAGAGACUCUAUGGGUGGGUGGAAUGGAGACUCCAUUUUGGCUGCUACUAGGUUAUCCCAUAUGACAGGGCCAGCUGCUCUGUUCUCUGGGGGUGCAUCUACAUAUGCAGACAUUUACUGCACAGUAAAUUUGCUCAACCAUGAGUAAAUUUCCUACCUGUAAAUACAAGUAGCAAAUUUACUUGGGAGUAAUUACUGUGCAGUAUGGCACAUGUAAACAGCUGACUGUGAGCAAAUGUGCUUUCAGUCAGCCAGGAAGCAGGGGGCA